GAAAAUAAAGCAGUCCGAACCACAUCAUGACUCAUCUCCAGUCAGUUAGUGAUACUCGUACAUUUAUACUCCUCAGCUGACAUGACCAAUUCCAACCAAAUAGUUACUAAACAUCUCUUCCAGAAUGGGCAAUACCACCUCGAAUUCGUGUCCAUUUCUUGAAAUUCACACCACUCCAAAUCAAUCUCUGCAAGAAACUUGCACAUUUCAAACAGAUUGCUGCCCAUCCGAUUUUUCUACUUGUGUCAUUUCCACCUUUGACAAGAUCAAAUUGCAGCAACAAUUCAAACCCGAUUGUCAACUUCACCUCACCCUAAUCGCACAUGGCUACGCGUCCAAUAUUCGGAAGAGAGGGGAAAAUUUCCCUGAAAUUAAGGACGCCAUUCUCACCCAAGCCGUUGACCCACACCUCGUAAUCCUCCUGGAUUGGAGUAGUCAUGCCGGAACCCCGUUAAAUUAUAAGAUUGCGGUGCAAAACGUGCUGGAAAUUGCGGUUAAGAUAGCACCUUUUCUAACCGGUGUGAGAAAUCAUUACAAGAAUCAAGUUCACAUUCAUGCCAUCGGUUUUAGUCUGGGGGCACAUCUGGUCGGUGCAAUUGCGAAAGCGGCUCGUCAAGAGGGGACAAUUAAUUUAUUCAAUAGGAUAACCGCGUUGGACCCGGCGGGCGCCGUGGUGGUUAAUUCGGGUGGGAUCUCGUCCUUGUUUCGACACCAUGGGUUCCCAUGCUUAGCACGGGAUGAUGCAAAUAUGGUCGACGUAAUUCAUACGACCGACUGUUUGGGAACUGAUCAAAAUUUGGGAACCGUUGAUUUCUUCACUUGGGAUAUUUCCACCUCGAGGAAAAUGAACUGGGGAUAUUUAGACCAUUUCAACCACAUCGGUGUAACAAAGCUGUUCCUGGAUAGCAUCCUGGAACGGGAGAAAUUUCAAACGAACAAGUCAGUAAUUUUAGGAGCUAAUGGUUUCAAAUAUACAAAUUCCGACGGACACGAAGUCACAAUGGGAUAUUUCUGCGAACCGAAAACUAAAGGACUGUAUUUAUUUUUAGAAUAAUUCCAUCAUAUGCACAUAGAACCACACAUUUUCUAAUACUUACAUACGUAAGCAAUUGACCUUAUUAAUUCCAUUGUUGAGAAUAAGAAUCUGAUCUAAAUAUUUCGGAAUUUGUCCGAGUUGGAAAAUUAUUAAACAUGCAUAUCGCAUACAAAAACCAAUAUUGAAUAUUGCUAAAUCAAUGCAUCCGUUUCUUUCAGCCAAGUUAAAGCGUUAGUUUAUUUUAGGUGAUAAAUACCAAUCUAUGGUUAUCCUUGUGUGUGUAUGUAUAUAUGUAAAUACAUAUGUCUAUUAUUCGGACUAUACCAGAAAAAUAAUUCGUUCCAUGAGGCUGAGAUAAAGUUUAAUGAAAUUCGCUGCGAGGUGUGGUGACAGGAAGGCACAUAAUCAACAAAAUUGUUCAAAAGUCUAGUUAUCUUAUGCAGAUAAGAAGUAAACGCGCUUUUUACACAAACGAUAUGUUACUGUAUGAAGGAUUGGGAAAUUAUAUACUCAGGCAAAUUCCAAACUAAACUAUUAGUCAUGCACGAUUUCUUUUAACUAUUGGUUACUUUAUGUAAGCUCCGUCUAGCUGAGGGGCUGAUCAGUUUGGAAAGAGAAGCGUUCGUAUAUGCUAUUAUUUUUUUUAUUAAUACGUGCUUUUGCGUUAUUAAGUAAUCAAGCUAAUUUUUUUUAAAAUCUUUAUCCAAAAUCUUCAAUAAUUUUCAUCGUUCAGUUGUAAGGACUCCAAGUUGUGCAAAAAGUGAUCCGACGGACUUAUGCUGCGCAAAAAGAAGUAGUAUAGAGCAGGUUUCCAGAGUUCGUGCUCGAUUAUAUAAUCGAAUUUAGGUUGCGCUGACCAGAUGUGUUAUACAUAUGAACUGGAAGUACAUAUGUAUGUUCCUCAUUUUCUGAUACAAUCAUAAACAUAUAUGCCAAAUAAGGCUCCCAUUAAACGCUAAAUUUCUUAAUUGAGUUCCUACCACCGUCAUACAUACAUAAAUUCAGUUUUAGGCUGCCCAUCCUAUGGCAAAUAUGGAUAGACUUCAAAGGAAAAGUAUGCAAUCUUUGCAUUUAUCCGAACUAUACUUGAAGUGAGUUAGUUAUGUGCUGUGCGAAUGGAGCUAAACUCACGAGAAACCCUAGUCUCAGCACAAGGUACUUCAGGUUUAAGCUCCACCCGCACAGUACAUAACUCGUUCACUUUAUGUAUAGUCUUCGGAAACUCUUUAAUCCUCACCAAAAUCAUCUCCUUCCUGGGAUUCCAUGACUUACAAAAUCUACUCCUCGUAUCUCCCUCAUGGGACAGAAAGACAAUCCAAACGCGGUUGGAGACCUUGGCAAUUGUGCAUUUAUCUAAGAAAAUAAUUCACUUGCCACCUUUAUUAUCAAAAAUCGUCUCCAUCUUCAAAGUGUCCAAGAGAGACUAUGGUACAGUGUCAGCGCUGUGGUCACGAGUGUCACCUCGCGAUAAGGCGUCGAAACAAUGGAUCAACAACUUGCCACCUAUCUGGUCAAGUUAUAGGGUUAUCCACCCUUGGUACCUUACCCCGAACCACGCCGACAAAAUCCUCCACUUUUUUGCCCAACCAGAUAUCCAAGAUAGAAUAACCUUCCUCCGAUUAACUCUCUGGCCUGAAGCAAGCCUCUCAUUCGUCCACCAACUGCUCGGGCUAUUACCAAACUUGCAAAAAUUAGAAAUAAUCCUGAAUCACUUUAACGUCGGGCAAAAGCUGGACGAGGUAAAGCCCAAUGUAUGUCAAAAUUUAAAAUCCUUCACAAUUUGCCUCCUCAAAACUGAGCAAUGUGCAGGGCGCAUGGCCCCCGAAGACUUAACAAUGCUCUGCGCCGCACUGAAUAUGAGAGCCAUGCAUAACGUGAAAAGCCUACAAGUUCGGGAUUGUGAAGGAUACCGCAGGGAGUCGUUUCUUCACUAUGACGACUGGCAAAACUUGACCCAUGUCGAUUUCGACUGCUCAAGUCACGAAAUGUUAACGAAAUUAAGUUUGAUACCUAACUUGGCCUUAAAAAGACUCAAACUUGGGUACCUUGAUAACUUCAGUCUUCCAUUGUUGCAUCAAAUUUUAACCACGAUUUCGGGCACCCUUGAAAUAUUGGACAUCGAAUUGGCUACUAAUGAAGAACUGGAUCAUAUUCCCAGCCAGUUUGACUUUCCGACUUUGCCACGCUUGGAGAAAUUUUCAUAUUCGGUUGGACAGAUUAGCAAAGCUCUCCAGAUAGCGCGGUACUGGGACCCGACAGCAACUUUAUGGGCCGCAGUGGAAAGUUUCCUACUCCUGGACGGUUUGAAUAUGAGGGAAAUCUUUAAGGGUGGCAAUGCAACUUUUACUGAGAAAUUUCCACUCCUCCGAAAUCUGGAACUGAGACAGAUUGAAAUGUACAAGAACAAUUGUGACAUAUUUUUCUCACGUAUUAAAGAAGGCUGCGUAGUAUUUCCUAGGGUUAAAUUAUUUUCACUGGAAUUGCCAGAAACGUGGAAGAAUUCAGCAGGAUUGACCAGGUUGAAGGAAAAGUUGACAAGUUUUUUCCCAAAUGUGGUUGAAAUGCACAUUUCUCCGUGAAGAAUGGAAUAUCAUCGUUUUACAUAAACAAUAAAUUAAAACAAAAUACAUUAGAACCAAACAUAAAUUCAUGGACUCGAUGAACGUCAGAUUAAACUUCAAGAGUUAGACAUGUUGAAACCCAAAAUUGUUUAACUAUUUAUAUACUUAUUUGACUUAUUUAUAUACUUAUUUAUAUACUUAUACUUAUACUUUGACUUAUUUAUAUACUUAUAAUGACAAUAAAUCAAGGGAACCUAAA